AGGUCGAUUUUUAUAAUGCAGUUACUUCUAUCGACCGUUCUCGUGCUGCUACAGCUCGUUUUGAUGAUAUGAAACACGCAAAGAAAGAUUAUGGUCAAGACCAACACAUGUUGUUCGUGGCAGAUCUCAAGUGUCCCAAUAUUUCAGCUUAUUUUGAUAAGAAAAAAGAAGAACAAUAUUUAUUCAGAUCACCAUUCCGCUGGAUCCUAAUCAGUUCCAGUGAAAAUGAUGAAAUAGUACCGAAUAAAAUAGCUCAUAUUGAUCUCUUGCCUGAUUCGGAAGUGAUUGUGCUACGGCAAAUAGAGGCUGACACUUACGAUCUUCAUUUCAUUUACAAAAUAAGUCCUAACAGUGACUGGCGCACUCAAUUCUAUGGGAGUUGGAACCUUGAACAGCGGUUUGUCAAAACCAAUCAGCAAUUGGUUGAAUCGACGGCACUACAAAGAUUGGACUUGCUUGGUUUCCAGAUGAGCAUUUGCUAUGUUCUGACCGACAACGAUAGCAUCAACCACCUCACUGAUGAAGUAAACGACCACAUAGACACCAUCACAAAAGUGAACUUCCCGACCACAAAUCACCUGCUGGAUUUCUUGAACGCCUCUAGGAAGUACAUCUUCGCUGAGACAUGGGGCUACCGAGUAAAUGGGUCGUGGAACGGAAUGACUGGGUACCUCUUGAGGGAGGAGGUUGAGAUUGGAGGAUCACCCAUGUUCUUCACUUCAGAAAGAAUAUCGGUCGUGGACUACAUAGCUAGCCCCACUCCCACUCGUUCGAAGUUCGUAUUUCAGCAGCCCAAGUUGUCCUAUGAGAACAAUCUGUUUUUACUGUCUUUUCGUACAUCUGUAUGGUACAGUAGCACUGGGUUGAUUUUCUUGUUAUUGCUGGCACUUUUUGCUGUGGCUGUAUGGGAGUGGAAGAAAAAUUCGCACCAUAUUUAUAGGAAACAAGAUUCUGGUAUUCUGAGGGCUAACUUCAUCGACGUAAUAAUUCUGAUAUUUGGUGCCAUCUGCCAACAAGGAAGCCCCGUAGAACUAAAAGGAUCACUAGGCCGUGUGGUGAUGCUAAUCCUGUUCCUGGCUUUGAUGUUCCUCUACACUUCAUAUUCAGCCAACAUCGUCGCGCUGCUGCAGUCCAGCUCUUCGCAGAUCAGAACGCUGGAUGACCUCCUGCAUUCCAGGCUGAAAUUCGGCGUUCAUGAUACCGUGUUCAAUAGAUACUAUUUCUCGACGGCAACAGAGCCCGUCAGAAAGGCUAUCUAUGAGAAGAAAGUUGCUCCGCCCGGCACUACCCCUCGAUUUAUGUCCAUGGAGGAAGGCGUGAAGAAAAUGAGAAAGGGAUUAUUCGCGUUUCACAUGGAAACUGGAGUGGGUUACAAGUUCGUAGGAAAAUAUUUUAACGAAGGCGAAAAAUGUGGACUGCGCGAGAUACAGUACCUCCAAGUGAUCGAUCCGUGGCUGGCGGUCAGGAAGAACACACCUUAUAGGGAGAUGUUUAAGAUCGGAAUGAAACGCAUCCAAGAACAUGGUCUUCAAGCCAGGGAGAACCGGCUGCUAUACGAAAAGCGACCUAAAUGCUCCGGCCGAGAAUCCAACUUUGUUUCAGUCAGCAUGGUUGACUGCUACCCGGCGUUGCUAAUAUUGUCUUACGGGAGUCUCGUGUCUUUAACUCUUUUGAUAUUUGAAUUUCUUUAUCAUAAAAGAGAAACAAUAAUUCACAAAUUAAAACAUUCUAAUACACAUUCACAUUCAAUAACGAUUUCAGCUAAACAAAUUCAAUUAGCGUCUCGAUUGGGCAACAAGACCAGACCAAUGACAGUACGCUUCGUGAAUAAGAACUGGGCAGGUAUAGUGGAACCUUACCACAGGGAACGCCUGCUGAUAGUAGCUGAUCUGAACUGCCCUACUACAAAAGUUUUCUUCAAGUUGGCAAAUGCUACAAAAAAGUUCAGCUUUCCAUACCGCUGGAUUGUGAUUGGAAAAGCUGUAAAUGAGAGCAUGGCUAUUACUUCGGAUUUUCGCGACAUGCCUCUGCUACCGGACUCUGAUGUUAUUAUUGCACAGAGGAAUGACAACAACUCUUUUAUUAUAACUACGACUUACAAGAUACAAAUCAAAGGUAAAUGGAUAGUUGAACAAUUUGGUAUAUGGACAUCUGCUAAUGGGCUUAAGAAAUUUGAAGCUGUUAAACACCCUAUAUCAACAAGAAGAAAGAACUUUCAAAGGGCACCUAUUAAGACGGCUAUGGUGAUUCUGGAUAAUAGAACAAUAUCCAACCCUUACGAUCUAAGUGAUAUCCUAACUGAUACAGUAUCCAAGAGUAGCUUUCGUCAAACAGACCCUAUAUUUGGAUACCUCAAUGCUUCUAGAACAUUGAUCUACAGCCCUACUUGGGGCUACUACAGAAACGGGAGCUAUGGUGGAAUGAUUGCCGAUAUGACCAUUGGCGAUGCUGAACUAGCAGGAACGGUGCUAAUAGCUACUCAAGACCGCAUGGAAGUGGUAGAAUACCUAUCCUGUCCUACCCCUAUAUCGAUAAAGUUCGUAUUCCGCCAGCCUCCCUUGUCCUACCAGAACAAUCUGUUCCUAUUGCCUUUCAAAAGUACUGUGUGGUACUGCAUUGGUGCUUUUGUCUUGGUAUUGGCUUUUAUCCUUUACAUCAACGCUUUGUGGGAGAACAAGAAGUUGGAAUCAAGUGAACAGAAUUUCGAAGACCCAACAGUUUUGAGACCCAAUGUUGGUGAUAUAGCAAUAUUAGUGAUCAGCGCUAUAUCUCAGCAAGGAAGCUCUACAGAACUAAAAGGAACUCUUGGCCGCAUUGUUAUGUUCAUUUUGUUCCUUGCUUUUCUGCUGCUUUACUCUUCUUACUCUGCCAGUAUAGUAGCGCUGCUGCAGUCCAGCUCCAACCAAAUAAGGACCCUCUCCGACUUGCUGAACUCCAAGAUAGAGCUGGGUGUUGAAGACACGCCGUAUAACCGGUAUUUCUUUCCAAUUGCUACUGAACCAGUAAGGAAAGCGAUAUACCAAACUAAGAUAGCUCCCAAGGGUACAAAACCAAAAUUUAUGAGCCUUGAGGAUGGAGUCAAGAAAUUGCAAAAGGAACCAUUCGCGUUCAACAUGAAUAAAGGAAUAGGGUACAGACUCGUGGAAAGAUAUUUUCACGAACAUGAGAAAUGUGGUCUCCAAGAAAUACCUUAUUUGUACGCAACAAAAACAUACAUCACUUGUCGAAAGAACUCUCCUUAUAAAGAAAUCUUUAAAAUAGGAUUGUUCAGGAUCCAAGAGCAUGGCCUGAGCGAUCGCGAAAACCGUCUGAUCUACGCUCGGAAGCCACCCUGCCAAGCGCGCGGAGGCAGCUUUGGUUCUGUCGACAUGGUGGAUUUCCACCCCGUUCUGUUGAUGUACCUCUAUGGCAUUUUAUUGGCGUUUUUCUUCUUCUUUGUAGAGAUACUGGCACACAAGAAAUUGCAUCCACGUCAGAGUCAGCGACGCUAGUCCUUUGAUAUUUUGCGGUUUCUUCUUCUUGAGCAAAUAAAUAUAAUUAUCUUAGUAGAAUGUCAGUUAUGUGAGGCUUACAUUAGUGUUCAUAAAGAUACCGCCAUAGGAAAUUGUAUUUAGCACACGUAUAAUAUGACCACUUAAUUUUAAAAUAAAUUGAAGAAAAUUUA